CUUAAAAAUGUUUAUAGCCCAAAGCUUUUCAUAGGCAUAUUCACUGUAGUGACAAGUGCAUUCCUUAUCUGCACUUCGCAAAGAACAAAUAUAAUAUUCUACUCGCCGGACAUUCGCAGUAUUGAUGAGAUUCAGGUGGUGUAAAGCAGGAUUUGGAUAACAAAGGCAGUAACUGACGCGCAAUUAACUGAUUGUUUGCAGUAAUAUCGGAGAAAUCCUUAUUGGUUCAUUUAAAUGCGACGAUAAUCUAUUAGAAGGUUGGCAACUGCACCGACUGCAUUUGGAUGAAAACAAUAGAAAAACACAUGCUUUGUGUAGACUAGAACACAUUGAAAAGUAUAAAAGACAUUUUUUUCUGGAAAAGUCUCAAUUGUGGCGAGUUGAACAGUUUUGAUGCAGUGUCUUUGAGAUAGAUAAAUAAUUGUAACGAUUAUUUGUGUCAUAACCAAAAAAGAACUUGAAUUGCAAAACGUGUAAAAGUUAUAUGAAAUGGCUAAUAUAUCAACAACGUCAUUUACAAACACAUUUACUGUUUCGACGGAGGUUAAUAUCACCAAUAGCGAAGAAGAUAAUACCUUAUCGCCUUUAUCAUUGUUUGAAGAAAACAAAACAACUGCUGAAAUGAUUCAGGAGAAAAUGGAUACAGUUCAGUAUGUUGUGUGUCCUACAUUGCUUGUUUUCGGAAUUCUAGGAAAUUUAAGCACGAUUCUGACGGUUUCUCAUGUUCAGUUUCAUCAAAUGACAUCCAAGUUUAUUUUGUACGCGCUGGCGAUCUCUGACUCGCUGUUACUCCUGACGAAUCCAUUUAACCAACACUUCAUGCAAGAAAUUUGGGGACGAGAUGUCAGAGCGCUCUCAAGUGGAGGAUGCAAAUUAUUCUUUGUCAUGUACAGAACCGGUAAAAUCUCGUCAUCUUGGUUUAUAGUUUUAGUCGCUGUUGAACGUUUCAUUGCAAUAAAGUUUCCGCUGAGAGUGAAGCGUUUCCUUACAAAAAAGACAGUAUGUGUCGCUAUAGCAACUAUUUAUGUAAUGACCUUUACACUUUCUGGGAUUUGGACAUUUUCCACUGACGUUGAAAACCAGAUUUGUAGAGCAGACCUUUCGACACCCAAUAACCUCAGGUUACAUAAAGCUUUUGUCAUCACUGGUGCUGCUUGCUACUCUAUUGCUCCGAUUGUCAUUCUGAUGACCUUGACACCACUUAUUAUUUUAAAUCUUUACCGCAGUCAUCGCCUUCGGCGAGAUCUGCGCCAUAGCAAAAUUGGCAGGUCUGCAAAAAAUACAUCUCGUGUCACUAUAAUGUUAAUUGGUGUUGUUAUUACCUAUAUAAUAUGUGUGACGCCCAUCACUCUUCUCCUUAUUCUUACAUUUUGGACCAAUGAGCCUAUCUUCGACUCACAAAAGACAGAAUAUAUAAUUUUCUCUGGCGUUGCUUCAUCGUUUGAGCAAAUGAACCAUUCCAGUAACUUCUUUGUUUAUAUCAUGUGCGGCCGGCAGUUUCGAGAAAGAUUUUUCAACAUGAUAAGAUGCUCGAGAAAAAAGAUACACGGAACUGAGAGCUUGACCUUUGCCUUGGGCAGCAAUCUGGAUCUUAAAAACCGCAGUACCCGACGGGUAUCAUAACACGCAGCACAAAGUGUACUGAUAAAAACCAUGAAUUGAUUUAACAAACUAAAGAGUGUACUGGAAGAAAUAUCCAAAUAUGACAAUUAUUGUACAGUUACCCAGGAAUGUUUACUAUAAUUUCAUUACAGCAAGUAAGAGUUGCGUUAAUGUGUAGAAAUAAAACCGCCUAUGUAAGUUAAAUAAAUGAUAUCUUCAGAAAUAGUUCUAGUUUUAACGUUUUUGUAUGGAGAAGUAUGCUCUAGUUUUUGCGCAGCGAUAUUAUGCGACAUUACUAGGUGUAAGAACUAUUUCUCGAUGUAAUGUUCUGUUUUUCAUUAUGUUGUCAAAUGACAUGUCAAGAAUUAACUACACACGUGCUUCCAGGGAAUCUACACUUACCUUUCGAUUUUUGAAAAGUCUGAACUUUUGCUUUUGAAAAGUCUGAAUUUUGCUUCUAACACGAUUUCUAUGAAUGUUGGUAUAGAGGUUUGACUUGGAAAUGUGUUUUUGGUAAGUUUAAAAAUUAUACAAUUUACAUCACAAUUGAGUAAACAGUCCAUGUUAUUUUUUUAUGGCUGAUACAUCAAACGGUCGUUAAGAGCCGGCUUAUUUCACGUAUCACUGAUUAAAUCGGAAUAGAACAGGUAAAAAAAUGUACAAAGAAGAUCGUAAUAAAAUGGUGCAUAGAUCCAAAUAUUUUAUAUCACGUGAUCAUCAUGUAUCUAAUUGAAGAGGACGUUUUUUGCAUGUGUAAAGUUCAAAGUAUACAGGAAUGGAUAACAAUCUCAAUCAUGUAACAAUGAAAUUUUACUGACAUAGCAGCUUUAACGUACAUUGCUAGAUUUGUUAUAAUUUGUGAAUAACUGUUUCAUUACGAACAUACUAAAUCUUUGGUAAAAAAUUGCUUUAUUGUAUUUCGAAUUUUCUUCCUCAAGUUUUCAUAACAAUUAAGGACAUUUAAGUAGAAAGUGAAAAUCGUCUUCUAAAUCUAACAAAUUA